UCGACGACGGCGUCCUGGUUAGAGUGCGCGUGUGUCGAGCUGCGCUGGACGCAGCGCGUCGUGGGUUUCCCCCGGGCUUGCACGUUUCACCCUGGUGUCCGCACCUCGUAGGCGUGAAGCUGGACUCCUAGUACGGCUCCUAGUACGGCUCCUAGUACGGCUCCUAGUACGGCUCUACUCGGGCGUCUGAUAGUCCCGGCAGAGAGGGUGGACGAUGGCUCCUGAUACGUGCGGCGCGGGCGGCUGCGUAAUCGUAGUAACCGCAGCUACGGCCGCCGAUUAUCAGCAGUGGCAGGGCGACUAAGAGGGACCCUAACGCCGCAGUCCGACGGCCGACCCGCAUCAAAAAAAAACAAAACAAAAAAAGGCGAACCGAGGGGCGCAAAUCCAAAGACGGGUUCAUCCAAACAUCAGUAUUGACGCGGCCAAGUGACUUGAACACCGCCACACAGAAGACAGUCAUGGAGGCGAUAUGGCUCUAUCAGUUUCGACUCAUUGUCAUCGGGGACUCGACGGUGGGGAAAUCGUGCCUGAUCCGGCGGUUCACCGAGGGUCGUUUCGCCCAGAUAUCAGACCCCACCGUCGGGGUGGACUUCUUCUCUCGCCUGGUGGAGAUCGAACCGGGGAAACGGAUCAAACUGCAGAUCUGGGACACCGCAGGACAGGAGCGCUUCAGGUCCAUCACCAGGGCUUACUACCGUAACUCGGUGGGCGGGCUCCUCCUGUUUGACAUCACCAACCGCCGAUCUUUCCAGAACGUCCACGAUUGGCUGGAGGAGGCCCACAGCCAUGUCCAGCCCCAAAAAAUCGUCUUCCUAUUGGUCGGCCACAAGUGUGACCUGGAAGCAAAACGCCAGGUAACCCGGCAGGAAGCGGAGAAGCUGGCGGGGGCAUACGGGAUGCGCUACGUCGAGACGUCGGCUCGGGACGCCAUCAACGUGGAGCACGCCUUCACCGAGCUGACCCGGGACAUCUUCGCUUUGGUUCGGUCCGGGGACAUCACCAUCCAGGAGGGCUGGGAGGGCGUGAAAAGUGGCUUUGUCCCCAACGUGGUGCACUCCUCUGAGGAAGUGACCAAGAGUGACCGCCGCUGCCUCUGUUGAUCUGGAAAUGAGUUUUGCAAUGAAUGGGAUUGGCGAUGAGAGGGGGGAGCCGGGAAAGAUUCAGAAGGGACUGCCUGAUUGGUUUGGGUGUUGACCCCGGCCCCUGCCCAACUGUGACUAUUGGUUGCCCACUUGUUGUCCUCUUUUUUGAUUGGUUUUUGAGGAGGAUGACAAAGGGAAUUUGAGGAGACUAACUGACAAAGACAAAGAGAGAUUUAGAGUAUGAAGGAAUAGCUCAGGGCUUGUGGCCUAUUUAUGUUUUAACUUGAUGAAAAUGAAGAGACCUGUGCUGUUGUUGACUGACAUUGGGGCUCGUGUGAGUGGUUUCUUUUAGGUUAUUUUAAGUUGCCUUUUUUGUUAGGGUACUUACCUGAGGAUCCCUGCCUGAAGGUCUUUGCUGAGGAAGGUUCUUCAUUGAGUCGACAUCUGAAAGUGGUUCUUGAGAUGAUGCCCCUCUCCCGCCUAGUUCCAGUACGGCUCAACACACCCCUGUUCUCUCCUCGACCCUUCCUUCAACCUCCAUCCCCCUCUCAUCCAAUAUGCAAAUAACACGAACACGUACAGUAAGUCUGCAUAGCUUCACCAUCAGUGUGCGUAACAUCAUUUUAGUAGAUAUGAACCUUAAACCUUAGUAGUCAGCCCCGUCAGAUUAAACCUGUCUUCAGCUAAUGAGGAUUCUGUUUAUCUGUGCACCAGUCGCCAUCUCGCUCCAAAUUCCCUUCACAGAUUUCUGGGGACGACUCCUUGAGGUCUGAAAGGAUUUAUGGAGAGAGGGGCUGCAAGGUCCAGAUUGCCUUUAAAACCUGUUACUAUUAUUAUUUUCUUGACAAAGGUAACGUUAUUAUUCACAAGACACUCUCUUCGGGACAACGUGGGCCUUUGGAGCCCUCACAGACUGAUUACGUCUAUAAUUCUUCUAUGGCCAUGCUUUAGUGAUACGACCAUCACUGGUCUAAACACUAUGGAACUCCUGAAGCAGGGAGAGACCGACUGUAAGACCGUGUAUAGUAAAAUGGACUUGGGAAGGAUACUGAACACACUUGGUGCCUAAAGUGCAUAGAUGGCUCCAGCCUUUUAAGUUGGAGCCACGACAGUGGAGGACAAACCUCAGGCCUAUGAGAUGGAGGGCACCUAGUCCCCAGCCCACCUUAACAGUGACGUUUCAUUAGAACACACUAACUGGAGAGGACUACCUUAAAAAAAAGGGGAUGGGGUGGGGACGGGCGACCCAGAGGAAUGAACGGAAAAGGUGCACAGGAAAUCGGAGGAAUGGACUCCAAAUAAACUCUACUACAUUAUCCACAAUGCACGCAUGACGGUAGAAUUGAACCACAUUGUAAUCAUGCAGAAUUGUCCCAGUGGCAGACAUUCAAAGCCCCCAACCAACACCGCCUGACAUACAUACAAGUACAAGGACGCGCUGCCUUGUUAGAUCUGAGUUUGUUCUGAGUGAAUAAUGUCCAUACAUCCAUGCUGUUAGUGUAACAUGACAUAAAUACUGUACUUUAAGUUCAACACACUGCGUCAUCUGCAUCUAACUCUCCAGGUUGAUAUACACCGUUGUCAGAGGUUCAAUGCGGAUUACUUCCAUCUGCUCACUGUUAGAGUUCUGGCACCUCAGUCAAUCUGAUUUCCUUGUGAAGACGUAGCAACGUGACAUAGGUUUGAGAGUCAGAGGAGAUUGGCAUGAUACUGAAAUUGAGCAUUGCAGACAAUUUCCCCCCCAUCCCAUCCCAUCCCACCCCCAUCCCCACAGAGAGGGUCGCCUUUACAGCUGGUGGGGAUUCGGUGGCUUAUCCAAGAACAACUCAGCAAGACAGAUUCAUACUGAAGGGAGGGGUGGAGGCAUAAAACCAGUUUAAGGAGUUUUCCUAAAGGCGAGGUUAUCCGUUAGGUGUGAAUGAUUGAUAAGAAUUAGCCAAGGACCGGCCAAAGUCAUCGGGAAUGUCGUACAUUUUCCCACAAAUACAGAAUUCUUUGAGCCUUAUUCACAGCAAAUAAUAGACACCCAACAAAAUGCUCAAGGGCCACAAGGCAAGUCAGCACAUUAAAUGAUCAUAACAUGUCAUGUUGACAUCCAAAAUAUAAGGCAUGAUUUGUUUAGAGUAGUAUUUAUUGACAGCAGUGGUAUCCAUCUUAAUUAAUGGCCGUCACAGCAACAAAUAACUUGUUUGCAUUUUCUGGUCAAUAUUCUUGAAUUAAACGUACCAUAUAUCUAAAAGCAUAAGCUUCUUAUGAGAGCGAGGCUUGUCCAUGUCUGACCACCAUUCAUCCAAAUGAAACACCAAAGCAAAGCACAUGCUCCUCCACCACUCAGAAGCCAGACAUCUCCUCGGUGGGUCACCACCAAACUAGACGUACUCAUCCAUUACAUCUCCGGUUCGCCGUGUCAACUUUCACACACAGCUUCAGUUUCCGUGUCCUGUGCUGCAACUGUAAAAUGGUAAAGAUAGGGCAUCUAGGUAGCGUGGCGGUCUGUUCCGUCGCCUACCAACACAGGGAUCGUCGGUUCGAAUCCCUGCGUUACCUCCGGCUUGGUCGGGAGUCCCUACAGACACAAUUGGCCGUGUCUGCAGGUGAGAAGCCGGGUGUGGGUAUUUGUCCUGGUCGCCGCACUAGCACCUCCUCUGGUCGGUCGGGGCGCCUGUUCAGAGGGGAGGCAGGGGGGAGGGGGAAUAGCCUGAUCCUCCCACGUGCUAGUCCCCCUGAUGAAACUCGUCACUGUCCGGUGAAAAGAAGUGGUAGGCGACUCCGCAUGUAUCGGAGGAGACGUGCGGUAGUCUGCAGCCCUCCCCGGCUCGGCAGAGGGGGUGGAGCAGCGACAGGGACGGCUUGGAAGAGUGGGGUAAUUGGCCUUGUACAAUUGGGGAGAGAAGGGGUGGAAUCCCCCCCCCCCAAAAAAAGGCAAAGAUAUCGAAAUUUGAAGAGCUCACAAUCAAAACCAUGCUGACGGCAUCACUGAAAAGCAGGCCACACCCAGCCAGCCGGGCCAGUUCAUGGAUGGCCCCUGGUGAGGCCGUCCAUGUUUCCCUCCACGUUCAACAGCCGGGGCUCACAUCCUAACCGAUCUGAGACUCGCCUCUAUGCGAGGAAGAAUUAUUGCUGAGUCAUGGCCCAAUUUCUCUGUUCUGAACGAUUACGGAUCCACACUCCCUGAUGGCUUCUAUACGGCGUCUCUAUUCACCGCUUCUUUAGGUCACAAUUUAAUUACCCAACACGCUGGUGCAGUUGAUUGAUUUACUUAACUGAUUAAAGAAACAUGGAAAGAGGAAGGAAAUAAAUUAAAUCUGUGCAUGUAAGAGUUUUUUUUCCUUUUUCCCCUCUCCCACCAUCAUGACAGUCUCUGUGGGGGUUAAUGAGUCCCUGCAUCACAUUCUCUCAUUAUAUGUCAUUUGUCCUAUAUAAUUGUAAGUGAAUGUAUCGCUGCAAAAAAAAAAAAAAAGGGUGAGGUUAUCCACUGAGCCGUCAUAUUACUGGACUGCAGGUCUUUUAAUCCGCCUUGCUUUGACAAGGGCCAACCGGGAGCUUCGC